GCCAUCUGUUCCGCCGUCUUCUGGUCAUCCACCGAGAUCACAUCGCCAGCUACCACCAUGGGCAAGGAAGUCGCUAAGAAGUCCAACAAGAAGGCCGUUGCCGCCCCUGCUCCCGCCAAAAAGGCCGAGAAGGUCGUGGCCAAGCCCGCCAAGAAGGCGGCCAAGCCCGUCGAGUCUGAGGAGGACAACGACGAUGAUGAUGACGAAGAGGAGGAAGACGAUGAGGAGGAGGAUGAUGACGAAGAGGAUGAUGACGAUGAAGACGAUGAUGAUGAGGAAGACGAGAAGCCUGCCGCCAAGAAGUCCAAGAAGGACGAUGACGAUGAUGAUGAAGACGAAGAUGAUGAUGAUGACGAAGAUGAUGACGACGAGGAGGACGAAGACGAGAAGCCUGCCGCCAAGAAGGACGACGAUGAUGAAGACGAUGAUGACGAAGAUGACGAUGAAGAUGAGGAAGACGCCAAGUCGGCCAAGCGUAAGGCUGAUGACGACGACGACGAAGAUGAGGACGAAGAGGAGGAGGAUGACGAAGAGGAAGAUGACGAAGAGGAGGAGGAAGAGAAGCCUGCCGCCAAGAAGGCCAAGACCGACGACUCGGAGAAUGCCAGCAAGACCGUCUUUGUCGGCAACCUCUCCUGGAGCCUUACCGAAGACGAUCUUGCCCAGCAUUUUGCUGACUGCGGCGAGGUCGCCAGCGCCCGCAUCAUCACCGAGGCCGGUGGCCGAUCAAAGGGCUUUGGCUACGUCGACUUUGCUUCCCCCGAGUCUGCCCAGAACGCCCUCAGCAUGGCUGGCACCGAGCUCGGUGGCCGUGCCAUCAACGUUGAUCUCUCCAACGCCAAGGCCAACAAGCCCAAGUUUGAGCAGAGCCGCAGCGAGCCCUCCACCACCCUGUUUGUCGGCAACCUGUCCUUCAAGACCACCGAAGAUAGCUUCUGGGAGGCCUUCAGCGCCUACGGCGAGGUUUCGCGCGUCUCGCUGCCCACCGACCGCGAGACUGGCAAGAUGAAGGGCUUCGGCUACGUCGAGUUCUCCACCACCGAGCAGGCUACUGCUGCUCUGGAGGCCAUGAACGGCGCUGAUCUGGACGGCCGUAACGUCCGUAUCGACUUUGCCGGCGCCAAGAAGGAGAACGCCGGUGGCGAUCGCGGAGGCUUUGGUGGCCGCGGCGGCUUUGGCGGUCGUGGUGGCCGUGGAGGCUUCGGCGGCCGCGGUGGUCGUGGAGGCUUUGGCGGCGAUCGCGGCGGCUUCGGUGGCCGUGGUGGUCGUGGAGGCCGUGGUGGUUUUGGCGGUAACCGCGGUGGCCCUCGCGGUGGAGCUCGCGGAGGUGGUUUCGGUGCCUUCUCUGGCAAGAAGACCACCUUCGAGUAAAGCUAUGCGCCCCGCCUCCGCCCCUUCCUAUUCUGGUUUCUUUCUUUGACUCUCUUUCAUCUACUUGUUUAAUUCAUUCUCUUGCUACAGCCUAUAGACUUGCGCUCGUGGCUGCCCCGAGACAGGAGAGCUUUGCUUCCUGGUGGAUUUUUGUACAUGUAUACACUGAUAUCGACUCGGCUGCCUGCCUGUUCACCCCUCCCUGUAGAGUCUCUCCGCCUGCUCUCGCUUCACUCUCCCACACACAUCUCGCACUUUGCUUCAUUUGAUUGCGACCGACAGCCAUCGUGCACCUCACCCAAUAUAGCGUAUCAUGCA